ACAAGUCACAACUAACCUACACCUGCUUCUUUGCUUCUUUCCUCUUUUUGAGUUGACACCAAAACCAAAAUCCGAAAAGGCAAAUACCCAAUUUCGUACCAAACACUUCAUAAUCCAGAUCGGAAGUCCGCAUUAGAAAGGUCCUCUGGCCAACAGAGAAGGAGAGAGGUUAAUUAUUAGGUAUAUGGGAUCUGUUUCAGAGUCAUCAUCGUCAAAGACAGCGUCUCUGGAUAAACUACUCCAUAUGUUUGGGUUUGAGAUAGAGGAAGUAUCGCCCAAGAGGCUAACGGGACAUCUCAAGGUGACCGAUAAGUGUUGCCAGAGAUGGAAGGUGUUGCACGGAGGCAUAGUGGCACUGAUUGCGGAGUCACUGGCAAGCAUGGGAGCUCAUAUGGCGUCGGGAUUUCGUCGGAUCGCCGGAAUUGAGCUGAGUAUCAACCAUUUGGCCGAAGCUCACCUGGGAGACGUGGUUAUGGCCGACGCCGCACCGGUCAAUCUCGGCCGAACUCUCCAGGUAUGGAGGGUGCAACUAUGGAAGAUCAAUCCUUCAGCCCCUGAGAGUACAAAAGUUUUGAUAUCAACAUCCAAUGUUAGCAUUAUAUCAAACUUGCCCAUUCCAGUGAAUGUGAAAAAUGCUGCUGUGCCCCUCAUGAAGUAUGCAAAGUUAUAAGCGAUUCUAAUUAUGAUUAGCAUUAUUCUUAUAAUUAUUAAUUAUUGAAAACUAGUUAUGCUAAUGCAGCUAGUCCCACACCAGUGUAUCACUCUCUAUGGGGAUACUUUUGCUGAAUUGUAAAAACGUAGAGUUAUUAUGUCAGUUCUACCUUCUACUUGUUUUUUUCCCCAUUUCUCCGUGUUGACAUUGACAAUGAUGAUGAAAAUGAGGGUAUUGCACGCA